GCGGGGCCGUCGUCCGUCACGCGCAGCCCCGCCCCCUCGGACAGCCGGCCUCCUCCAGAAGGCGGCCGCUGCCCGGGUUAGCUGGCCUUGGGGCACCUCGGCGACCAUGGGGGACCCCAGCAAGCAGGACAUCCUCACCAUCUUCAAGCGCCUCCGCUCCGUGCCCACUAACAAGGUGUGCUUUGACUGUGGCGCCAAAAACCCCAGCUGGGCGAGCAUCACCUACGGGGUGUUCCUCUGCAUCGACUGCUCGGGCUCGCACCGCUCUCUUGGGGUGCACCUGAGCUUCAUCCGAUCCACAGAGCUGGAUUCCAACUGGGCCUGGUUUCAGCUGCGGUGCAUGCAAGUGGGAGGAAAUGCCAACGCCGCCUCCUUCUUCCACCAGCACGGCUGCGCCACCAGCGACACCAAUGCCAAGUACAACAGCCGCGCUGCCCAGCUCUACCGGGAGAGGAUCAGGUCGCUGGCGUCCCAGGCCACACGGAAGCACGGCACCGAUCUGUGGCUCGACAGCUGUGCCCUUCCACCUUCGUCCCCACCACCAAAGGAGGAAGACUUUUUUGCUGCACACGUCUCUCCCGAGGUGAGCGGCGCGGUACAGGUGACGGCACAGCCAGAGCCAGAGCUGUCAGCACUUCGGGGCACAGGAGCCACAGCUGGCGAUGACGAAGGGGGCUCCAAACCAGGACCGAGUGUGGAAGGCCUGAGUGCUCCAGCGAAGCCUGCAUCAGAAGUUUCCUCUCUCAUAAAAAAGAAACCAAAUCAAGCUAAAAAAGGACUUGGGGCCAAGAAGGGAAGCUUGGGGGCCCAGAAGCUGGCGAACGCAAGCUUUACCGAAAUUGAGAAGCAGGCCCAGGCAGCGGGCAGGGGGCAGCGGCAGGAGGACCUGCUGGCCAGGCCUGUGCCCACGGAGGAGGCCGUCGUGUCGUCCUUACGAUUAGCCUAUAAGGAUCUUGGAAUCCAGAUGAAGGAUGAGAAAAUGAACACGAGCGGCAAGAACAAAGCGGAAGCGGAGAGACUGGGCAUGGGGCUGGGCACCUGCAGGAGCGGCAUUUCGCACUCGGUGACUUCAGAUAUGCAGACCAUCGAGCAGGAGUCCCCCACCCUGGCCAAGCCCAGAAAAAAGUACCAGGAGGACAGCGAGGAUUCCUACUUCAGCUCCAGCUCCAGGUACUUUGAUGACCCCGGGGAGCUGCGAGGCACCUCCUUUGCUGACUGGGACGAUGGCUCGGAUUCUUACUGGAGGAAGGAGGGAGGCAGAGAGGCCGAGGCAGCCGGCAGAGGUGCAGGCGGCUCCGACAGGCCUGCCACACGCCGCAAGCCUGAGUAUGCGCCCUCGGAGAGCACGGAUGAGGCCCAGAAGAAGUUUGGCAACGCCAAGGCCAUUUCCUCAGACAUGUACUUCGGGCGGCACGUGCAAGCCGACUAUGAGACCAGGGCGCGCCUGGAGCGGCUCUCGGCCAGCUCGGCCAUCAGCUCCGCGGACCUGUUUGAGGAGCAGCGGAAGCAGCCGGCAGGCAACUACACUCUGUCCAGCGUGCUGCCCAGCGCCCCCGACAUGGCGCAGUUCAAGCAGGGCGUGCGGUCGGUGGCCGGGAAGCUCUCGGUGUUCGCCAACGGGGUCGUGACCUCCAUCCAGGAUCGCUACGGUUCUUAAUCCCUGUCCUGAGAAGCUCCUCUCCAUGUGCCUGGUGACUGCACGCGUUUUGGGCGCCCCUCCACAUGGUGUGUCCCCUGCGCGCUCGUGUCCUCGUGAGCUGUAGUGAAACCUUCGCUGUGCUUUCCAGCCCACGUCAGUUCCUGCACCCCACUCCUCUUGCUGCGCCCCACACCCCCUUGCUUUAUUCCUGGAGUCCUCAGCUCCCUUAGCCACUGCUCCCCACUUGUGGACUGGCAGCUCAUGUGGGGCACAGGGGCCUCCAGGUUGGUGACCGCAUCAGAACUGCACACAGCCACAUGCAGAGCGGGCGGGAGGGGAGCAGUGGGCGGAAGGGCUCCAGCAGAUCCAAGGACACCUGACUCGGGAAGUAAUGUCUAAUGUCGUCUGUCUCUUUGUAAAUUAUUUUGUAUGCUCUAUAAAGGUAAAAUAUUUUCCAAUGAGUGCUUUUCACAGACCUCGCCUCCAUGCUGCCAGAGAGUUGCUGUGGAAUCCGUGAGAAACGGGGCUGAGCGCCCCGAGGGUGCCCCCAGUCAGGGCCCUGAACCCAGGGAGCUGGGUCCCGGGGACCAGCUGUGGGAACGGGUCAGAGAACGGGAAGCAUAACUGGGUGGUUUUAUUAUUUUUUUUACCUUAAUCUUCAUUUUCAAAAAGUUACAGAAAUGUGUCAAUCAAUAAGGACAAGUAAUUUGGCUGUGUUUUAGACAGCACUAGAAUACACUGUUCAGCACAGUAAAAUGCAUUUGAAAUUUGAAGAGCCGAAAUGUGAUUCAAAUGACUAUUUUGUGACUCUUUUCUUACAGCUCAGAUUUGUAGACUUUUAAAUGUAAUAAACAGUUGCAGCACA